CUUUUUUUGAACGAAACAAAAAGUGUCGAUUGAUGACGUAAAGCUUUACGAUCAUGAAGUAUGUCAUCGGGGGCAAAAGUCAAAUGGACUGGAAUCGAAUGCCUCAGGUAUUCUGGUUCUUUAGUCGAAAUUAGUUUACGUGAGGUAUUAUCUGUACCUCAUGUAAAUAACUUAGGUAAAUUGUGUUUGUGCACUUUUAUUAAUGAAAAAUCUUCCACUUCAACGGUAACAUACUAAAAUUCUUAACAAAAUAACUUCAAUAUUAGUAAUAUCAACAUGGAUAAAUCAUUAUCUUUCCAAGAGUUAUACGCCAUUUACAAGAGGUGGGUGAUCACUAAUCCCGGACUUGUUACCGAUGUGGAGACCGUAGCGACGUGGUCGUCAUACUUCGUCGCGGGCAAAAUAAAUAAGUCGCCGAUAGUAUCAGAAUUAGUGUACUCCAUUUCGAAACUUGUUUCUCUGUUCAAUGAUAGAUUAAUAAGAGAGGCAUAUGGCGCUGGGGACCCGUUCUACGGUCUCAGAGAUCAAAUCAAGCUGUGGCUGACUGUCACGCAUUAUUGUGAAGUGUUUGUCGAGUUACUGGUUAAGAACAGGUGGGGGACGCGCGGCAAAUGGACCAUAACCACCCUACUGCAGGUGUUCAAGUGCUCGUCGGCACUCGUGCUGCUGUUCAGGUUCAAGGAACUGCCACUGGCACAUCCUCCAGUCGCAGCAUUACAGAGGAGGAAGUUCACAGAAGGGAAAGAUACCGAUGAAAAUUCAAACUCUUUCUUCACUCUCCGUCGGUCGGGUCGUGUCAUACGCCGCGUGGACGGCGCUCCAGCGGUUGCCUUCCGAGACUGGGAGCCUGUCAAAAUGAAAGUUGACAGGCCAGGUGCUGCAAUAAACGUGAGAGAUCUUGUUUAUGCCGAAUCACUGCAUAUAUUAAGGCCUCUAAUACAUUUAGCAGCAAUGAAAGUGUUUGGGACCAAGGCUUGGAAACAGUGGUUGGUCGCACUUGGAGUUGACAUAGCUAGCAUUAAAUUAUACAGCAAGUACAUGAAGGACUUGUCAAAUGAACAGAGGCUAGAGAUUAGUCGGAGGAAGUUGAGUUUGGUGCUGUACUUACUCAGAAGCCCAAUGUACAAUGGAUAUUCAAAGAACGUCAUAGAGAAUACUUUGGCCUCCAUGACGAAAAAAGUACCAGCACUGUCCUUCAUCUGUGGGCCUAUCACACAGUAUUUGAGUCAUUGGCAAGAUAUCUAUUUCUACAUGUGGUCUUCAUAAGUCUUGCUCCUCAAUCAUGGACUGUAAUGCAUUACUUUCUUGUUAUUGUGACACAAGAAAAUGACAAUAAUGUAUAAAUGUAAUGUCUAUUGGUGGUAUGUGGUUGCACUUUGUUUAUUCCUUAUUUGUUAUGUUGGUUUAUGUAGAUUAUAAUGUAUUGAAAUAGACAUAUUAAUACUGUAUUGGCCUAUUUUAAGAAGUACCUGUUAAGUAAUGAAUUGUUUGUUUGUAUUAACUUUAAUUGUAUAUACAUAGGGAUGAAAAGACAAGUGCACGGAGAUGCUGCUUGUGUGUGUGAUACUGUUUGAAGGUGUACGCCCAGCUAGCUCAAAUACACAUAGCUUAACACCAUGCAUGUUUAAAGUGUAACCCUCACUUGACAAUUCAACACAUAAGACACGCAUGCAUGUUAUCAAACAUAGCUGUCAAAACUAUUGUACGCUGCUGUGGUUUUCUGCCUUUUCGUGUCAACAAAUGCCAUUCCUAUGUAAGAUGUUUAGGUAUCAUGAGGUACAAUGUGGUAUUCAAGUCUUAUGAUGCAUUCCAUGGAUACUUUUUUCAAUGCUUGUUCUUAUCUGUGAAGUUUGUAUGUCAUGCAGCUGUAUACAAUAUGUAUUGCUGACAUUGAUUGUCUGUUGUUUAUGCCAGGGCUGUGCGACUCGGCAAUGUAUUGCAAGAUAUUUGAUUUGCCUUUCAAUGACUGUUACAAUAGCUAUUACAGUGCCUCUUGAGGCGAUUUUCAAGUAUAGGAAAUGCAACAAGAGUAUUUUUAUGUACGCACUGUAUUUUUUGAGCUCGAAAGACCCCUUCUGUAGUGUAGGUGUGUUUCCUUCUAAGAGGAGCAAGGUAGCCUAUGGUCCUGUGUUGUCGGUUGUGAGGAGUAUUUAGCAAGUGCAAGUCAUCCACAAGCUCUGUGUCUUGGUUAAAGUAACGUAAGGUGGUUGAUUUUUACAAAAAAAAGUUUGUAAUUAUGUAGAGGUUUUAUAUAGAAUUCAUUUAAAUAAAUAAAGAAAAUGGUUGUCGAUGCUUGGCAACUUGUAACUAAGUAUAAGUAAUGUGUAUUUAUUAAAUUACAAGUUAAUUAUAUGUAUUGUGACAUUUGUA